ACUUGCUUCCCAUCUUCACCGAAAUAUGAUCCUCUUCCUGUCCGAACACUUCUCAGGGCUGGCGCUGCAGCGCCUCGCGCAGCGCCUCGCGCAGCGUCAAGCAAGGCGGCCUGGCCCUCUGGCAUUACCAAUCGAGCACUCGUAUUGGCGUUGUUCGUGGUCGAGUUGAGGUGAACUCUCCCUCCCUGGCUAGAACAGUGAGCAGAGAACUUUGGGGCGUCGGUGGAGAGAAGGCUCGCGAGGAGGGGUGUCGAUAUCUCUGGGCUCUCGCAACGGAUGGCAACACCCUACUGUCUAAAGUCACCAGGUACCUACGUAGUUACAACGCAGCUUUCAAGCGCUAGUCUGGCCAGGACACCAAGUCACGAGAGGCUGAAGGAUGAUGUCACCUUCCGAACCAAAAUGACUGGUGAUGUAGAAGUAUCUGCCCUUGUGGUGCGAGACACGAAGUGGCGCCUAUCAUGGAAGCAUAACAGGGCCCUGUACCUCCGAAAUAUUAUAUAUAGGACGGAGAGAGCUUAACAAAAUCUCAUAAAAGUGC